UUAUAAUUUUUAUUAUAAGCCCCAUUUUAUUAACAGACAAAGUGUAGCCUAAGCCCAAAUUCACCAAACCCUAGCAGCCAUCAACGAAGUUGAAUACAGAUUAUGGAGAUGACGAACGACGACGAUGACGAUGAGGUCGCGAGCCAUCUCUCUCUCUCUCCUUCCUUCCUCCUGUGUCCUGGCCGUAUUCAGUGCUCAUGUUGUGUCGUGUCGACACAGGUACAAGAUGGCCGUAUUCAAAGAUGGCGUCUCUUUUGUCUUGCUUUUGGUUUUGUUUUAUUGCUGUUGGCACCAGUGGUCAGCACUUGGGUUCCCUUCUAUUAUCCUUCUUUUUCAGACUGCUGCUGAAGUUGGUUUAGGGGAUGAAAUUAUUACCAACUGGGAGGAAAAAUGUUUUCGACCUCACUCUAUAUGGAUCGUUGCUUGGAGCUGGUUCCUUCCUGUUACAUCACUUUUCAAUGUUGGUCAAUUCAAUUCUUGUCAGUUUUGGGCUGAGUGAAGAGAUGCACAACCCUGUAUGUCCUUCUAACAUUAUGUUUAUAUAAUCAAGACUUGUUUACCCAAAGUAAUUGGCUUCAUUUGGUCUGGAAUGUACUGUAUUUCAAUUUUUUAGUGAUUUAGUAUGAUAAAUAGACUAAAUGUUUGUUAAAUAGCUUAUUAGUUGUAGUAUAUAAAUAGGUGAUGUAAUACCCCAUUAGUUUUGG